UCGUGUAUCCAAACGGCUCCCGACCCAGUUUCAUCCUUAACGGUACGGUGCGCGUCUCUCGUCUCUCGUCUCGUCCGGCUGGAAAGCCCCUUGCCACGUAAAAGGUCACGUUGUACUAUAUAAUAUCGACACGCAUUCAAAUUGAACAUUAGUUGUUUUGGGUUUACGGCAGCAAUUAGUUAGCUGAAAAUGGAAGACGACGCCUCUGAGAAAUCAACAUUCGUUGUCGCUCUCAUUGAAAAUCGUGCCAAAGAGGUUGGUGUGGCUGCUUUCGAUCUGAGAUCAGCCUCGUUACAUCUUUCUCAGUACAUAGAAACUAGUAGGUCGUAUCAGAAUACAAAGACAUUGAUGCAUUUCUAUGAUCCCAUGGUGAUUAUUGUUCCUCCUAACAAGGUGGCGCCUGAUAGUAUGGUUGGAGUAUCAGAGCUUGUAGACAGGUUCUAUUCUACAACUCGGAAGGUUGUAAUGAUGCGUGGUUGCUUUGAUGACACCACGGGUGCGGUGCUCGUAAAAAGUUUAGCUGCAAAGGAGCCCUCUGCACUUGGCUUGGAUAGUUAUUACAAGCAAUAUUAUCUAUGUUUGGCUGCAGCUGCUGCCACUAUUAAAUGGAUAGAAGCAGAAAAAGGAAUUAUCAUUACAAACCACUCUCUACUUGUUACAUUUAACGGAUCGUAUGACCACAUGAAUAUUGAUGCCACUAGCGUCCAUAAUUUGGAAAUAAUUGAGCCAUUGCAAUCUACUCUUUGGGGCACAACCAACAAGAAAAGAAGUCUGUUCCAAACUCUGAAGACAACAAGAACUAUUGGAGGGACUAGACUUCUUCGAGCUAACCUUUUGCAGCCUCUAAAGGAUGUUGGGACCAUAAAAGCUCGACUUGAUUGCCUGGAUGAAUUAAUGACCAAUGAGCAGCUGUUUUUUGGACUCUCACAGGCUCUUCGAAAGUUUCCCAAAGAAACUGAUAGGGUCCUCUGCCACUUCUGCUUCAAGCCAAAGAAAGUUACAAGAGAAGUUUUGGGCAUUGAUAAUGCCAGAAGCAGCCAAGUGUUAAUAUCCAGCAUUAUUCUUCUAAAAACAGCUCUAGAUGCCUUGCCAUUACUGUCGACUGUGCUUAAGGAUGCGAAGAGCGUUCUUCUUGGAAAUGUUUACAAUUCUGUAUGUGAGAAUGAGAAGUAUGCCUCCAUCAAGAAAAGAAUUGGUGAAGAGAUCGACGAAGAUGUGCUACACGCACGUGUUCCUUUUGUUGCCCGUACGCAGCAGUGCUUUGCUGUCAAAGCUGGAAUAGACGGAAUGCUAGAUAUCGCACGAAGAACAUUUUGCGACACCAGUGAAGCAAUACACAGUCUCGCCAACAAGUAUCGUGAAGAAUAUAAGCUUCCAAAUUUAAAGAUCCCAUUUAACAACAGACAGGGAUUUUACUUUAGUAUUCCACAAAAGGACGUACAAGGGAAACUUCCUAGCAAGUUCAUUCAGGUUGCGAAUUACAACUAUUUUAAAAUAUAUAGUCUAGCAUUUCUAAUUUAUUUGAUUCCAAUACAAUGUUCAGGUGGUGAAACAUGGGAACAAUAUACAUUGCUCAACGCCAGAGCUUGCUUCAAACUGAUGGAUGCAAUUCGAAAAGAGGUGUCUGCACUCACUUUGCUUGCUGAAGUCUUAUGCCUUCUGGAUAUGAUUGUUAAUUCGUUUGCAAAUAUGAUAUCUACUAAGCCUGUUGAUAGAUAUACGAGACCGCGAUUUACAGACAAUGGCCCAUUAGCAAUCGAUGCUGGAAGACAUCCUAUUCUAGAGAGCGUGCACAAUGAAUUUACUCCCAACAAUUUAUUUCUUUCUGAAGCAUCAAACGUUGUCAUUGUCAUGGGGCCAAACAUGAGUGGGAAAAGUACUUAUCUUCAGCAAGUGUGUCUAAUAAUCAUCCUAGCCCAAAUUGGGUGCUACGUUCCUGCCAACUUUGCCACUCUUAGAGCAGUUGAUCGCAUUUUUACAAGAAUGGGGACCGGAGAUAAUCUCGAAUCCAACUCUAGUACUUUUAUGACUGAGAUGAAGGAAACAGCUUUUAUUAUGCAGAAUGUUUCAGAAAGGAGUCUGAUUGUGAUGGAUGAACUGGGUAGGGCCACUUCUUCUUCCGAUGGGUUUGCAAUUGCAUGGAGCUGCUGUGAACAUCUAUUGUCACUAAAAGCGUAUACUAUAUUUGCAACUCAUAUGGAGAACCUAUCAGAAUUAGCUACCAUCUACCCUAAUGUUAAUAUUCUUCAUUUUCAUGUUGAAGUGAAAAACAAUCGUUUGGAUUUUAAGUUUCAACUGAAGGAUGGCCUGCGGCAUGUACCACACUAUGGUCUAUUGUUAGCAGGAGUGGCAGGGUUGCCGGGCUCAGUGAUAGAAACUGCUAGAAGCAUCACAUCACAGAUUACAUCAAAGGAAACGAAGAGAAUGGGGGUGAACUCUGAGCAGUACCAUGGAAUCCAAAAGGCGUACCGUGUUGCACAACAGCUAAUAUGUCUGAAAUAUUCCAGCCAAGAUGAAGAUUCUAUCCGACAAGCAUUACAAAAUCUAAAAGAAAGCUAUAUUGCUGGAACUCUUUAAAGUUUCACAGACUUAAUUUUCCUUCUGAGCUACCAGGGCAGAACCUUAACAUAGCUUAAAAGUGCUUAUGAAUAAUGAGGAUAUUGAACAUCUCUACCGGGUGGAGGUACAUCCUCCGGCUUUGAAGUUGCAGACAGCUUAGGGGAGUGGUUACAAUAGGCUUACAAGGCAGCCCAGGGACACGGCGUGCUAGAACAGAUGUAUUCUUGGAAAUCAUCAUUCCUUCUUCAAGGUACUCUGUGAUUGGAAGACAGGAAAAAAAUGUACAACAGGAUAGCAAUAAGAUCAGUUGAUAGAGAAGAUGGUACACUCUAUAGUUUGCGCGGCCACUUCUCACAGUCAUUGUCAAACACAUAUUAGCACAUACAUUCACUGUGUGUGCAUGAAUUGAAAAGCAAACUUUACUUGUACAAAUUUGAAAGAUUCAGACAAACCUUCAUCAGUCUGAGCAUUGGUAAAAAGCAGAUCAAUAUCAGUACCAAAUGCUUGUUUUUGAAUA